CUGCCGGCGGCGGCGCGGGGGGAGCGUGUGCGCGGCGCCGGGGGCUGAGCCAGCGGCGGGGAGCCGAGCCCCGGGACACUUCGCGGGGAGGAGGAAGAAGAAGAAGAGGAGGAGGAGGAGGGAAGAGGAAGAAGAAGAGGCCGCCCUCGGCCUCGGCCCCGCCAUGCCGGGCCCCGCCGGGGAACGUGGCCCGGUGGCAGCGGCCCCCCGGGGGCUGUGAGCGGCCCGGGGCUGGCGGAGGGGGGGCCCCGGAGCGGCAUGGCCAGCCCCGUCCCCCCCGCCGCCGCCGCCGCCGCCGGGAUUUAGCCGGUGCCUGGAUGCUUUCACCUCCCGUUUCCACUUCGGGCGGGCAUGUGCGCGGGGGAACCGGGCCGCCCCCAGCCUCCUCCGGCGCGGAGCCCCCCCGCGCCCUGACUCCCCGGUGAGGGGCUCCGCCGCCAGCCCCGUCCCGCCGCCGCCGGCCCCCGGAGGACGGGGAGCGCCCUCCCGCCCUGGGCCCCCCCCGGCCGGUGGGUGCCGGGCGGGGGGCGGCGGGCACCGGUAACUUGGGUUUUUUUUAGCGUCCCCGUUUCCCCCCCCCCCUUCCUCCCCCCGCCGCCCCGGUACCGGCUCCCCCCUCCGAGGAGAUUUGGGUUUAAACUUUGGCUUUUGGGGAGCCCCGAAGAUGCCUUUCCACCCGGUGACGGCGGCUUUGAUGUACCGGGGGAUCUACACCAUCCCCAACAUCCUCGCCGAGCAGCACCCCGUGGAGAUCCCCGAGGACGAGCUGGAGGAGAUCCGUGAAGCCUUCAAGGUGUUCGACCGGGAUGGCAACGGCUUCAUCUCCAAGCAGGAGCUGGGCACGGCCAUGCGCUCCCUGGGCUACAUGCCCAACGAGGUGGAGCUGGAAGUCAUCAUCCAGCGCCUCGACAUGGACGGCGACGGGCAGGUGGACUUCGAGGAGUUUGUGACGUUACUGGGGCCCAAGCUGUCCACCUCGGGCAUCCCGGAAAAAUUCCACGGCACGGACUUCGACACCGUCUUCUGGAAGUGCGACAUGCAGAAGCUGACGGUGGACGAGCUGAAGCGGCUGCUGUACGACACCUUCUGCGAGCACCUCUCCAUGAAGGACAUCGAGAACAUCAUCAUGACGGAGGAGGAGAGCCACAUGGGCACGGCCGAGGAGUGCCCCGUCGACGUGGAGACCUGUUCCAGCCAGCAGAUCCGGCAGACCUGCGUGCGGAAGAGCCUCAUCUGCGCCUUCGCCAUCGCCUUCAUCAUCAGCGUGAUGCUCAUCGCCGCCAACCAGGUGCUGCGCAGCGGCAUGAAGUAACGGGGGGCCGCCCCGAGCGCCUGCCUGCGCCCACCGACGGGGAGCCACGGCUCCAGCGGGGCGUCCAGAGAUAUAUACACACACACACAUAUAUACUGGAAUCAGCCACAGAUCUCCCUCCCGACACACACACACCCCCCCGGAGGGAGGCAAACCCGAGGUGGGGGGAAGACCCGCGCCGGGUCCCCGCUGUCCCGGGGCGAUGGGAUCGCCUGGCUGUCUGCAGAACAUGGCAACUUUGGUGAAAGACACACAAACACACACACAAAAAAAACCCCCAAACCUCCCCUCGCUGGAAAAAAAACCAACCACCAAACCCGACCGUAAGUGCAUGUAACGUGCAUGGAGCCCCGUGUGCUGCCCCCUCCCCGCGCCGGGGGCGGGUUGCCCCCACCCCCGGGCGUAGGAUCCCAUCGGAUACACCGACACUAGCGUCUAUAGCUCUAUAUUUAUGAUAAAAACCAAAUCAUCCCCUAAGCAAUACGCGCGCCUGAGGUGGUUUCUAGUCCGAGGUGGGGGCGUUUGCAUGGACUUGGCUGCCAAGGGCUGGAUUUCACACCACCCCCCACCCCCCCACCUCCCCCCGUCCUGUCCCCGUGCCUCAGUUUCCCCACCCGCCCAAUGGGGGGACGACGCUGACCUCCCGCUUGAUGCACUUUGAGCUGACACCCCCUCCCCCUCCCACCCCGGGAAGAGCCAGAGAGACCCCAAGGAUGGGGAUCCCCCCCCCUGCCCUGCACCCCCCCCCCAGCCUGUAUGUAGCACCCACCCGGGCACGGGACGGGUUGGGAUUUGGGGCCGUUUCUCAUUCUUUGGAGUUGUUUUGGGAUUUGGGUUGUUGGUGGGCCUUUUUUUUUUUUUUUUUUUUUUUUUUCUCCCCCCUUCCUGGUUGGUUAUUUCUGAUCUGAAAUAAAACUGGGAUUUCUGAAGCGC